AGCUCCGACCGCGGGCGGCCCAGGGGCGGGCGCGCCGCUGCAUCCCCAUCCUCGCGUCGCCGGGCGCAGCGCGAGCGCCAUGGCCACCUCGAGCACCACGGGCUCCACCCUGCUGCAGCCGCUCAGCAACGCCGUGCAGCUGCCCAUCGACCAGGUCAACUUUGUAGUGUGUCAGCUGUUUGCCUUGUUCGCUGCCAUUUGGUUCCGGACUUAUCUACAUUCCAGCAAAACUAGCUCUUUUAUAAGACAUGUAGUUGCCACCCUUCUGGGCCUUUAUCUUGCAUUUUUUUGCUUUGGAUGGUAUGCCUUACAUUUUCUCGUACAAAGUGGGAUUUCCUACUGCAUCAUGAUUGUCACAGGAGUGGAGAGCAUGCACAAAUACUGUUUCGUGUUCGCUCUGGGAUACCUCACAGUGUGCCAGAUCACCAGGGUCUACAUCUUUGAUUAUGGACAGUAUUCUGCGGAUUUUUCAGGCCCAAUGAUGAUCAUUACUCAGAAGAUCACGAGUUUGGCCUGUGAAAUCCAUGAUGGGAUGUUUCGGAAGGAUGAAGACCUGACCCCAUCCCAGCGAGGGCUCGCCGUGAGGCGCAUGCCCAGCCUCCUGGAGUACGUGAGCUACACUUGUAACUUCAUGGGCAUCCUGGCAGGCCCACUGUGCUCCUACAAGGACUACGUCACGUUCAUCGAGGGCCGGGCGCACCACAGGGCACAGCCGGGGCACAGCGGGAAGGAGGCGGCGCCGUGGGAGCGAGCAGAUCCUUCCCCAAAGGCGGCCGUGACGCAGAAGCUGCUGGUGUGUGUGCUGUCCCUGCUGGUGCACCUGACCGUCUGCAGUGCACUGCCCGUGGACUACAACAUCGACGAGCAGUUCCGGGCCACGGCCUCCUGGCCGACCAGGGUGGCCUAUCUGUACGUGUCUCUGCUGGCCGCUCGGCCCAAGUACUACUUUGCCUGGACCUUAGCUGACGCCAUCAAUAACGCUGCGGGCUUUGGCUUCCGGGGGUACGACGGGAACGGGGAGGCACGCUGGGACCUGGUGUCCAACCUGAGGAUCCGGCAGAUAGAGAUGUCAACCAGUUUCAAGAUGUUCUUGGAUAACUGGAACAUCCAGACGGCGCAGUGGCUCAAAAGGGUGUGUUACGAGCGAGCAUCCUUCAGCCCCACCAUCCAGACCUUCUUCCUGUCCGCCAUCUGGCAUGGCGUGUACCCCGGCUACUACCUGACCUUCCUCACGGGCGUGCUCAUGACUGUUGCAGCCCGGGCUAUGAGAACCAACUUCCGACAUUACUUCACGGAGCCGCCCCAGCUCAAGCUGUGUUACGACAUCGUCACAUGGACGGUGACGCAGAUAGUGGUCAGCUACACAGUUGUGCCCUUCGUGCUCCUGUCUGUGAAGCCGUCCCUCACCUUUUACAGCUCCUGGUAUUACUGCCUUCACAUUUGUGGAAUCUUAGUUUUAUUAUUGCUGCCAGUGAAAAAACCUCGAAGGAGAGAGAUGGCACAUGCAGACCUCCAGCCGUCACCUUACAAAAAGUCUGAGGACAGAGACGGUUCCCCAGGGCCGAACAGCUUCUCCACGACAAACAGCAUCAGCAGCCAGGCCCCGGGUGGGGCCUGCAGACUCUGGCCACCGAGGCAGUGAGGAGGCUCACUGUGUCAGACCGGUCUCUGUGCAGCCCUUGGAUUUCCGAGGGUCCUGAGCACUGCCUCCUGCCUGCCAGGCCUCGCCUUACUCAGUGUCCCUCUCCCCAGGGCCCUGUGAGUGGCUGCUGAAUGUACCUGCGCCGACGAGGCAGAGACGGACCGUGCCAGUGCAGUGACUGCGAUGGAUUAGCUCUUCCAGACGAGUGUCUUGCCUUAAACCCUCUAUUUCCGAAAAUAUCAUUCCUCGGUGGUCUUUUCAGGUGGAAUGGCGUGAGAAGGCUGUUUCAGUAUUCCAUGUUGUGUGCUGUAAAGGGAUUUAGGAAGAAUUUGAAACAGGAUAUUUAAGAUUGUGGAGACUUUUUUAAAAAUGCAAUAAACAUCUCAGUAUUUGAAGCGUUUUCUUAAAAGUAUCUCAAAUGGCUAAAAUUCAUAGCCAGUCGGGCAUGGUGGCGCACGCCUGUCAUACCAGCAGCCCGGAGGCUGAGGCAGGAGGAUCUCGGGAAGUUUGAGGCCAGUCUGGCCUGCAUAGCAAGAACCUGUCUCAAAAAAACCUCCAAAAUAAGGUAAAAUUCAUAAUGAAUGUCUACAGUUUGGGUUGCCAAAUUAUAGAUAGCUGGUUUCGCUGGAGAGCUUAAUUACCUUUUAGCAGUCAGACAGCCCUACCAGGGAGAAUUUUAAGCAUAAUUAAAGGGAGGUGAAGUGACAUUUUAAGCUUAUUUUCUUAAAAAAGAGAAGAUAAGGCCAGCUGACCUGCAGCAAGUGGCAGAACGUUCCCUUUCUGCAUCAGACAGCCACGUGAGGCAUAAAAGUUUAAGGACUUGGUAAUACUUCAGACUUUUCAGUGAAAUUUAUCAAGCGUAAGUUAAAUAGAAUUCAGGCAGGCAUGGUGGCGCACCUGUAAUCCCAGCACUUGGGAGGCUGAGGCAGGAGGAUUGCGGUGAGUUCCAGGCCAGCCUGCACAGCACAGGGAGACCCUGUCUCAAAAAACAAAGUGAUAUAGAAUUCAGAGAAAGUAGGAAACAGUGGUAGCUCACUCAGAAGUUUUCAGCAGUUUCUGGUAGUGAAGGUGACUCUGGCUAAUCGUGUCUUACUCUUGUUGCUCUGAUUCCUGUGAGAACAGCAGGAAAGCUGUCAGGAAAUGGAAAGUUAGCGAGUCUGAGUGGCAGGUGUGGAACAGUUGGAUGGGCAGACUCCGCCGGCGCUCUCUCAUGAAAGCUAUGAAAGCAUUGCUGCUGCCUCUGAGGGUUGAGGGUUGGGUGAGGGGGCGGAGCUGGCAGGGACCCUGGCUUCUGAGGGGACCUUCACAGGUGACCAUGGGGCUACAGCAGUGGACAGCAAGCUUGAGGUGGGACGUGGAAGGAGGGACGGACGGUCCGUGCGCACCUCUGUCCUUUGUCCUUUGACCGAUCUUUUGUAGAUUUAUUUUCUUUUUGCCUUAAAAUUUUUAAUGAAAUGCAAAUUGCCUGUCCAUGAUGAGUCUCUGCGGUCACUAAUAAACUGUGAAUGGAGCCAAGAACGAAGUGAUCUGGUUGAGACUGUGCAGUAUUUCACUUGAAGAAGAGGACUCGUGAGGGCUCAGCCAAAAACGGCAGUGUGUUGUUUUAGAACUUUAGAAACACCCUCACCUAUUUGUUUUUCUUUUUGUUUUGAGUCAGGCUAUCACUUUGUAGUCCAGGCUGGCCUGGAAAUCACAGUGAUCCUCCUGCCUCAGCCUCCUGAGUGCUGGGAUUACAAAAUAGAGUUCGGCAUGUAUUUAUAUUAUUUUUUAACUCUUCCAACAUCUUGAAACCACUCCAGAGGUGAUCAAUCAACACCAUAGUUACAUUGGUUCAUUACAUACUACUCAAGGGAGAAUAAUUAUCCUUCCCUUCAUUUCAUCGAAACAAUAAUAGUUCAUUUAACUUGGAAUGUUUCAGCUGUUACCACCUUAUAAGUGGCUCAUUCUCUUGUUAUUAUUAUUAUUUUUUUUUUUGGUACCGGGGAUCGAACUCAGGCCCCUGCCUGCACUUGUGCAGCAGGCAGUGAAAUCACUGAGCUAAAUCCCCAGCCCCUCAUUCUCUUUUUAAAAUAAACAUUUUUGCUGGCCAUGGUGGUGCACACUUGGAAUCCCAGCACUCAGGAGGCUGGGGCAGGAGGGUCACUGAGAGUUUGAGGCCAGCCUGGGCUAUAUAGCAAGACUCUGUCUCCAAAAAAACAAAAAAUAAGCAUUUUCUUUAGAACUCAGGGUCAUUGGGAAAGUUAUUCCACUUCAAAAAUAUUGAGUGAUAAAGAGGAUUUAUUGGCUUCAAAAAUGUGCAGCUAGCACCUCCCACUGGGUUAAAAACUUUGUGACUGGUUCCCACCAUAUGUGACACUCGUACACCCGACCUGUACACACACCACUUUGUGUAUGUGUGUGUUACUGAGGAUCCAGCCCAAGACCUUCACAGUGAGCCACACCCCUCCCCCUUUGUUGUUAUUUUUUUGAGACAGGCUCACUUCAGUUGCCCAAGCUGGGCUCAAACUUGGGGCCCUCCUGCCUUAGCCUCCCAGUGUGCUCAAUAUGCUCGGCUCACAAACUGCUCGGAGUCGUGAGGGGAGAAGCAGCGUGGGUGCUGGGGUGGCAAGUUCCCUUCCUCAGAGAGAGGUCUGCAGGAGCCCAGGGUGGGUUCACUGAGCAUGACCCCCUCUUCCACGCACCCAGAGCGGGUUGUCAUGGCAACAGGAAGCCCUUGUGUAUUAGGCUGGGAGGGUGAACACAUGCCAUGCCCACUGUCCCUGCCCUAAGUGUCGCUUUCAGAGAAAGUGUCUUUACUGGAAAUAAAAUGUGUUUGCUUUCUA